UAAAUGCAUAAGAAUUCAGUGGUACAUAAAUAAGGCUGUUAUACACUUUAUACUCUUCAGUUAUUGUUGGUCCAUCCUCUUGAGCUGGAAUGUGAGAGUUGUCCUUACCUAUAUGCUGACGGGUGGAGGAUUUAUUUGGUGCAACCUUGCAGGAAGAGCUGUGUUUGAUUGCUUUGAUUAUUUAAAGCUUUCAUUUGAUUGCUUUAACUAUGCUGGCUCUGUUUCUAGUGGAUAAACUUAUUAAGGUUGAUUAGUUUUAUUUCUAUAAUCUAUUUGGGUGUAAUAUUAAUGCCUUUAAUUGUGGUGCAGGAAGUGGCAUAUGCAUAUUGCAGUUUGGCAGUGAAGUAUUAAUUAUAAAUAACAUUUAUGAAUACUUUAUGAAAGUUGAACUCAUUUUAUUUUUCGUCUAUCUAUACACGCAGUUAGCCUUUUUUGCUACGAGAGAAGUCGAAGCUUUGGAAGAGCUUACAUGGGAAUAUGGUGCAGGCCGGUUGUUGACCGGCGAGGUGAAGAAGCGUCUUAUUGAAGUUCUUUCAAAGAUAGUUGAGAGACAUCAAAAAGCUCGUGCUUCAGUGACAGACGAGAUGGUGGAUGCAUUCAUGGCUGUGAGGCCUCUUCCUCACAUGUUCAGCUAAAGAUGGUUUCACUUUGAAUUACCCCUCACUCAAUUUGCUGUGUGAAAUAAGGGAGCAGAUCAGCAGAUGUGCAAUGAUUUUUUAGGCAUUCAUAUUUAAAUUUUAUGUAUCACUCACUUUGAAUUACCCCUCACUGGUACUGUUUGUUUGGACUAAUGUACACUUUGUGCCCUUCCCCAUAUAUUGUUCUGUUUAUGUAACUACAAUUGUUAUUUAUUUACAGCCAUACAACACAUUUCUCAU